AUGCCUAUGCUGCACUCACCCAACGCACAGGCAGAGAGGGUGUCUGAGGAUGACUCCGGAACACACAAGGAGGAUGACGAUACAUCACACAGCACACGUCAUGGGGAAGGGAGUGGGACAGAGCCAUCCCACACACAUGCACGUGCGGAUAUGCACACACAUACACACACGGAUGAACAUGCACAUGGAUAUACAUCCAUGGAUAGGCACACGACGGUACCCUCACCCACGCUCUCGGGUGACGAUAGGCUAGCACGAGCACCGGGCGGCCCACGACUUAUGACAGGCGCAGAGCAGCGGAGACAGGGCAUGGAAGAGAUAGGACACCCACCACACACACAGCACACACAACACACACAACACACGCAGCAGAUGCCGCCUCCAGGGGAUGACAAUGCGUGGCAGAAAGGUUUGGUGAUAGUCUCUGUGCGCUUGAGCGUGGAGGAGCACUCGGAUUCCGAGGCCGUUGCCAUGGCGACGGACGGUGGGAGUCAGGCGCGGACAAGUAAACAGGAAUCGGACGCAAACGAGGUCAAGGUGGUGAAACGGCUUCCCUUCGAAAGAAGUGUGACCGAAGUGCAAUGCAACCAACGCUUUAUUGUG